UUGGGGAAAAUGUUUUUUCUCACCAACCGUCGACGCGGACGGACGUGAAUCGCUUGGUCGCCGUUUGGAUUUUGGGAUUUCCUCGAAAAUCGCUGUCCUGAAAGUGGCGUCGGGAAGUGGAAGCGCCUGCCCCGCCCACAGAGUUGGCUUUCUUCGCGGCGAUUUCCUCGAAAAUCGCGUCACGCGUACAACAACAGCGCUUGCCGGUCGCAGCUGCGUCGGUGUGGGUGCAAGUGUGUGUGUGCCAGUGUGCUUUCCCCCAGUUCCUAAUGCUCGUCGCAGAGUAAUAUGAAAUCAUAACAAAGUGUCGCUCGGCCCGCGAGUUAUUUGAUAGUGCCCCCUUCAGCAGGCUCCUGCUCGGGUGCGGGGCGGCGCUCCUGACGGCAGGAUCAAUGGAAAAUGGAAACAUUCGGGAUGAAUGAGCCCCCUCGGCAGCAGCGCCAAUAACAGAGCCCAGCCCGGAGAGCGGGAGAGACGACAGCAACAACAGAAAGCACAGAAGUAAUUUGCAUCGGCUGUUAGUGGAGCAGCCCCGACGACAUCAGACCCAGCCCCAGACCACACAGUCUCCAACAGAGUCGCCACUAGACCCGACACAUCCACACCCACAUCCACAAACAUGGUGAUAAGCCAGCCCGAUGCGGCGCCCAACGGGGGAGCCGCAGCCGCAGCCGCAGCAGCUGCGUCAGUGGGCCUCGACGGCACCGGGAACAGCCUGGCGCAUCCGUCGGGAAUUCCCCAGGAUCAAAUAGACAACAUCCUGAGCGGCAUCGCCAACUCCGGCGACGUCAAAAUGAACAAUCACCGCAAGAAGCUGCGGCAGAGAUUUGAUAUUAUUAAGAAACUAGGUCAAGGCACCUACGGAAAGGUGCAGUUAGGUAUUAAUAAGGAGACCGGCCAGGAGGUGGCCAUCAAAACCAUCAAGAAGUGCAAAAUCGAGGCCGAGGCGGACCUGGUUCGCAUCCGCCGCGAGGUCCAGAUCAUGAGCUCAGUGCAGCACCCCAACAUCAUUCACAUUUACGAAGUUUUCGAGAACCGGGAGAAGAUGGUGCUCGUCAUGGAGUUUGCCGCUGGCGGCGAGCUCUACGACUACCUGUCCGAGCGGAAGGUCCUGAGCGAGGAGGAGGCGCGUCGCAUCUUCCGCCAGGUGGCCACCGCCGUCUACUAUUGCCACAAGCACAAGAUCUGCCACCGAGAUCUGAAGCUGGAGAACAUUCUUCUGGACGAGAAUGGCAAUGCCAAGAUCGCCGACUUCGGCCUCUCAAACGUGUUCGACGACCAGCGGCUUCUGGCCACGUUCUGCGGCUCCCCCCUCUACGCCUCGCCGGAAAUUGUGGAGGGGACACCCUAUCAGGGCCCCGAGGUGGACUGCUGGUCGUUGGGCGUUCUCCUCUACACCCUGGUGUACGGCUCCAUGCCCUUCGACGGCUCCAACUUCAAGCGGCUGGUGAAGCAGAUCAGCCAGGGCGACUACUACGAGCCGCGGAAGCCCUCCAGGGCCUCGACCCUCAUCCGCGAAAUGCUGACUGUGUGCCCGAGGAAGCGAGCCACCAUCGAGCAGAUCUGCUCGCACUGGUGGGUGAACGAGAACGACAACGUGUCCUGCCUGGACCUGGCCGAGGACCUAGCCAACCAGACCCCCGUGCGACUGGAUGUGCUAUUGUCCCUGACCCCGGCGGCCAUUACGGCGGACCAGCUGGUUGUGCCAUCGGCGGAGGGAGUCGCCGCAGCAGCCAAGGCGGUGGCGAACGAGCGGGUUCCUCGCUCCCACUCCGUGGGCUCUAUCCGGGACAUGGGACCGCCGAACACGGAGGCAGAACGCCGCAUCCUCGACAUGGUUGCCGCUGGCGGAGAGGCAGCCCUGAUGCCCUCGCCCACCCGGACCAUCACUCCCGCCCAGAGCCCGGUGCAGACCAAGAGGAAGCUCCAGCCCACCGUGUCCACGGAGAACGCCGCUGGGACGACGGCCAAGAAGAAGGAGAAGCCGGCGAACAGCUCCUUUGUGAUCAGCAGCGAGGGAGGAGCUCCGUCACUUGCUCCACCGACUGAGGCACCACCGACCAUCGCAGCACCAACCAUAGCCCCACCCAAAGAUACGCUCAUGGAGACGGAGAGCUCCGUUCCGGAAUCAGAGAAGACGCCCGCACCCAGUUUCUGCCAGAAAGACAUGCAGGCGGUGGGGGAUCUCUGCGAGCAGUUGAUGGGAGAGAGUUCCGCGCCUGUGCCUGCACCCGUAUCCGUGCCUGGACCCGCCCCCACUCCCAUUGCCGUCGCCCGACAGGCCACCAGGGGAAAACUGGACGCCGUGGCUGAGACCCCGGAGGAGAAGGACGCCACCAAGGUUAUUAAGAAGUUCGUGAACAAGCACAAGACCGCGGACCUGGUGAAUGCCAUCAACGAGAGCGCCUCCAAGGCCACUGCACCUGCACCGGCCGCCGCCCCACCCGCCUUCGUGCGCAAGUGCAGCCUACAGGACGAGUCCACGUUGAACAAAUUCAAUGCCGAGCGAAGGAAGUCGCGCAUCCUGGAAACGGCGGAGAAGUUCCAGCCUCCACCGGCGGCAGUCACGCCAACAGCCGCACCUGAGAAGCCCAAGAAACUCAGCAUACCGGGCGUCAGUGUGGGCAGCUUCAAGAAGGAGUUCGAGCGCAAGGCCACCAACCCGCCCACCACCAGCGGACCUACCCCCGGCGAGCUGAGGGCCCAGGAGCAAGUGGCAGCCGCAGCGGCAGCUGCCCAGGAGGCAGAGGCCCUGGCCACGCCGCCCGCAUCACCUCCCGAGGCUGGGCCGCCAAAUCUGGAGGCCAGCGAUUCUAAGAACUCGGUUGCCUCGAUUUCUCUGGACGAGGCCCGUCGCUCCAUGGAGAACUCCAUAGCCCUGCUGUUGCAGGCCCAGAACGAGUCCAACAAGGAGGUGGACCAGCUCUGCGCCCAGACGGAGACCAUCGGGGUCAGCGAUCACCCCCCGAAGACGGAGGAGCGGGAGCGUAAGUUGAAGAAUGCCCGCGCCAUUAUCGGAAACGCCAUACAGCCGGUGAUACGCAGGCCAACCCGGUUACUUGGCAUCGGCAACGGCUUUGGCAAUGGCAGUGGCAUGGCGGGUGGGGCAGUGGGUGGUGGUGCUGUCGCGGCGCCUAAGCGGGCUCAGAGCGGCACUAGCUUUAUGGGUUAUCUUGGUGGCACGGUCAUGAGUCCGACUUCGCCCCCGAUCGCGGGGCCACAGACGGCUCCUCCCGUGCUGAUUUCUCCCAACGCUCUGGAAGCGGCCAAACAGACCAUUCAACAGAGGAUAUUUGGCGGAGGAGCCAACCACCCAGGAGGCGGAGGUAUGAACCGGAGACCCGCUACGUGGCAGCCCCAGAACUCCUACAGCACUGCCAGCAUUUUCCAGCCCCCGCAGAGUGCUGGCACUUCGCCCUUCAAGAUGCUCCAGCAGCAGUACCAGCAGAGGUGCCUGGAUCAGGAACAGAUCCCCAAUCCCAACCAGAGAUCUAGCUUCAUAUUUACGCCCCCGCCAUCACCCCAGUACUCCCCCGGCCACGCCUUCGCCAACAGCAGCAUCAGAAACAGCGGUACCAGCAACAGCAGCACCAGCAACAGAAGCAGCAACAGCAACAAUGCCAAUUACAAUUACAAUAUCAAUUCGCGCUCGAGACCAUUCAAUCAUAAUCAAGCUCAAGACACACCCAAUACCAAUGCCAGUGCUGCACGCGCCGCCCCUACGGCUGUGUGGCUCAAAUCCUCGCCGGGAGCCGAAGGCCCUCCGACCCCGCCGGGAUCCGUCAAGACCUCCACUGCUUCUAUCACCCUGAAGUCGGCCACCUUGCCGCGGCGCAAAAUCAACGCCAAGGCGGAGGUUCAACUGGACAUCAAACCGCCCAUCCCGGAGCCCCCACAGCCGGCCAUGCGAUUCAGCACUGAGAUGCAGCACCCGGUGGCGGACCUGCGGAGCGCACCGCCCCGCGAGGGUCCGAUACCCUACAGCCCCAUCAAGACAACUGUCCAGGCCAGGGCCACCAGCCUGGAGCCCAAGGAGCACGUUAUCACCAUCCAGCGUCCGCCCGCUCAGCACGUCUACGGGCGCACCGGCUCCAACACGACUACGCGUUCCGGCUCGCUGUCACGCCAGUCGACGGUGGAAUCCGAGUCGGAUGCCACCACCACAGCCACAAACAUGUCGCAGGCCACCGUCACCAGCCAAGGAACCUCGCAGCCCAUCAAGAAGAGUCCGCGGGAGUUCAUCAUCCCGAUUGCCGUGGAGGGCGGUGGCUUCAUCACGCCGCGGGAGCGCAGCGUGGAGCCCUCCGAAUCGAGUCACACGACCAGCAGUCGCUCCACGUUUGGCCGCCUGCGUCCAUCGCGCCGCAUUGGCUCACUGCUAAGCGAGGCCGGCUUCGACGAGGGCUCGCCAUUCCAAAACAUGCGCACCACUUCGAUGAGCCGGGAAGGCGGCAGCGGAGGAGCCGAGGACGAGGCCCGCUUCACCCCGCACAGACUCAGAAGCUCAAGACCUGUCAAGAAAAUUAGUCAAGACAACGAUUCGCAGAGCUCCAACGAGGAGGACGACGACGACGACGAUGGAUUUGAGAUACUCACGGCGGAGAACCUUUUCUCGACUCUGCUGCAGCGGGUGCGCGCUCUGACGAAUCGCCUGAAUGUCAACAGCGACCUCACGGUCGGAUUCCCCAGCCAUUCUAGUCGCCUACUGACAGACAUUUCGCGGCAGGCCCAAAGUCACAGUCCCUUCUGGGGCCAGGGCAGUCCCUUUGCCAGCCGCCUGAACAGCAGCAGCAACCACAGCGGCGGAAUGGGCGCUCCCUGGAGGCACAGCAUGUCCCGGGACCUGGGCAGCGACAUGGAGUCGAUGUUCUCCCGCACCGGGGCCACCCUGCCAAGAGGUCACCAUCAAGGCAAAAGCAAACCCAGCUCAGCGCCAGCUCACUCGGACAAGAUCUCUGGAUCAGGCGGCUCCACGAACAGCGAGGAGCCCUUGGACCUAGCCGACUUGGACCUGUCGCGCCUGCGUCUGAGCAAGAAGGACUUGGAGACUUUAUCCAGCAUCACGCCCGGAUUGCCGAAAUGCUUUCAGGAGCAGCUUCUAGCCAAGUUACCACCGACGCAGGCAAGAAAACUCUCCCGGACACUGAGUGUGCAGACCAGCAGUGCACCCUGCUCGGCAUCUACCCCCAAGGUGUACAAGCGCAGUCAGAGCAGCGGAAGGGGGUACGCGCCGGAAGAGAAGCUUCCACCGGAGGAGCUACAGUUCCCUAAAUCCGCGAUGAUGGAUGCACCGAAGACGACCUCCGCCAGCAGCGCCAUUUACAGGAGGAGUCUCAGCCGAGGCCAAGCACAUGGCGCGGGGCCGGAGGGUCAGCAUGGCCAGAAUGUCCAGCAUGGACAACUUGGAAUAGCACCACAAGGUCAGGUGGAAGCCAAGGUCAAGAGUCGCAGCAGCAGUGUCUGCCGGGACGACUACGGAAAGUCUUCGCUCUGCAGCAGUAGCACCUACACCAGUGACAUCAGCGACAAGUACAAAUAUUACUCGCCCUACCUGAGCAAGUCCAGCAACGCGAGUCCUUCGAUCGCACCCAAGGAUGCGGCAGAGAAGCGCUACAGCAGCAAUGGUGUCCAGGCGGGUCGACCGCCGAGCGGUUGUAUGUCGCCUCCCCCUCCUGCCCCAAUAUCCGUAACAGAGGGCUCCAGCUCCUUGAGGAUUGGACGCUCGUCUCAGCGACGCAUCUCCCGCUUUCUGCGACCGGACUUCUUCGACGAUCCCCGGGAUCGGGAGUCUCAGAGCAUGCUAAGGGAGAUCAGAGAAAAAUCAGUGGAUCGUCAACCGGAAGAGCCCCUGAACGAUCUUAGGCGUCGCAAGCAUAGUCUGCCUAAUGUGGAGCAGGUAGCAGUGCAGGCUCCUUUGGAAACUGGGCCCUCACGAUCGUCCAUGCGGCACUCCAGAAACAAGAGCAUGGAGCUCCUUCCGGACGCUGAAUCGAAUCAGGAACCUGCUAAGACUUCCAGUUCCCGCCAACGAAGCGUUUCCCGAGCCAGAGACUUCGAUACGGAUCUAGACAAACAUCAACUGGCGGACAAGAUCCUCCAAGAACUGCAGCUCCUUUCCGCCGUUAGAUCACAGAAGGAGCUAGAAACGGAAAAGUCAGAGGACACCUCCACAAUGCGAAAAGUGAAGAAGCUUAAGCCCAAAGAGACGUUUACGAAUGAUCCGGAAGGAGUGAAAAUAUCAGGCACCUCUACAACUACCACCUUGGUGAGAAAGGUCAAGAAAGUGACCAAAAAUACGGACGAAACUAAACAAGGUACUGAUACUCUGCCUGAUGAUUUAUCCGCUUCCAAGGAAACUAAACUAAAACGUCCCAAAUCCUACCCCAUGAAGGAUCUUGGCUUGAGCUUGAAAUCUUCCGAUUUACCCGAACCCAUUCCCAAUCCAAGCCGUUCCAGCAAACUUCCCAGCAAGCUACCCUUGGGAGGAGGGGUUUCCAACGACCCAUCGGUAGAAACUGCACCCCGAGAGAGUCGUCUGAUGAGGCCAAAAAGUUAUCCAGCCACCAAGCUGGCCACCCCCAAGGAGCUGCGCAAGGUGACUCGCAGUGGGGUAGCCAUACCCACGAUUACCGAAGCAGCUGCAACGAAAACCACGCCCGUUAGUUCCAAAUCUACGUCGGAGGAAAAGUCGCUCUCAGCCACGCCAACCGGCACCAUGAAUACCGUCUCGGAAAUCAAGGACACUGGCUCAUCAUCCAGCGAUUCCCGACCCACGACUAUUAAAAAGAUUAUCAAGGUCUCUAAGAAGUCUAAGCUCGUGCCGCCCUCACCUGUGACGCCAAGCACACCUCCAACAACCACGACGACGACAGCCACCACCACGGCAAACAGCACACCCAUAGACAGUUCGAAGGAGUCCAGUCCAGUGAUCAAGGCGAAGGAUAAGUCUCCAGAAAAGAAAACCAGCAAAGGUCUGCUCUACGCGUUGGGCCAGAAGUUUGAAAAGCUGAGAGACUCGGCUAUGAGCAAGGAGAAAAAGGGAACAUCCAUGGGAGCCGCAGCCUCUCUGGCCUGCAGUCAGAAGCAACGAUCUCCCGAGGAGCAGCGAAGCUCUCCAGAGAAGGUAAACAGAACCGAAGACAGGGCCUUGGAUCAUGGAAGCCUUGGAUCCGAUGACCGACGCGUGGACAAGCGCUCACGGUUCGACAGUGUUCUGAGGUCUUUGAGGGAGAGGUCCGUACCCAGGUCGCAACCGAGUGGCAGAGUGAGCCCUAAGCGAGCUGCAAGCGUGGAGGAUCUUUGUGUGGAGAAUCAGGGAAAACAAGGAGGAGCGGUAAACAAGAUGUUGGGAGGGCUGCUGCGUCGGUUCGACCGGGAGACUAACGAGCAGAGGCGUGUUCGAAGCACUCGCUCCACCAGCAACAUUGAGCGACAAGUGCGCGAGGAGCAGGGGCAGCGCUUGGACGCUUCCUUACCCACCUCACCCAUUUACCAGAACGUGGUGAAGAAGGCGAAGGCUACUCCGUCUGGGGAGGAGAACUGCAACUGCGACACCGCCUGUCCGGAAUGUAAACAGAACCAGGCUUCGGCGUCGAACGCUUCCUCCACCAGCAACAAAGAGAAGAGAAAGGGUCUAAUGCUGGACCUGGCCAGUACCAGCGCGAGUGCUGCUCCGAGUAGCGGCCCCACCACCACAACAACCACCACCGGAAGUGGAAGCAGCUACCGGGGAAGCAAAACUAAUCCGGCUCUAAUAAAUGGAAACGGCGGAUUGAAUAUCUACUCAAACCUUCCGCCCUACCCCGGCGCCAUGAAAAGCACCAGCUCCAAUAACAGCUCCAGUCAGCAAUCGGUGGAGAACGCCACCAACAACAACUCGACGAAUACCAACAACAACGGCAGCUCCCAGACCUCUGGCUACAGGACAUCCUCCGCCCAUGAGAUCAACCGUAAUAACCCCCUGCUGACACCGUCUUUCGAGAACAUUGCCAACUACUCCUCGGACUCGCGCAGCUACCAGGACGAUUGUGCCUCCACGUCGACCUUUCUGUCUCCCACAGAGGAGCCCGAGCUGUAUUUCGACAACUGGUCCAUUUGCUCCGAGGACAACUACAUGCUGCAUGCCACUCCAUCGCCGACGGUGUCAAGACUCUCGAGGGCGUCCUUGUCCUCUCCGACGCGCUGCUCCGAGAGCUCUGAUCCCAACGAGAGUGUGAUUGACAGAAUCAAAAGACGCAGCUUUUACAGUCGCUUCAACGAGCAAAAGAAACCGAGGCGGACGAGCAGCAUAGUGGGUCCCUCGGCGGUAAGGGACUACUACCGGGAGCAGCACUCCACCCGUUCGAGACACGUCCCAGACGUAGAGCCGGCCAGGGCGCACUCUCCCGACAUAGCCCAGCAGUUCUUUAGGCCGCUGAAACUGAGCCCAGUGGGCACUGAGCUGAAGCCUCCUGUGUACCGCUCCACCUUGGACUAUUCCUCAUCCGCCAGCAAGCCCAGGAAGAGCUUGAAUGACAUCCGGAACACGUCGCCCUCGUUCCUCAGUAAGCGCUACGAGACAACGCCGCACGACUACAGCCUUUCCAGUGUGCCGAUGCGCUACAAAAGCUCCUCCAGUUCCAGUCCCAGCAAUGGAGCUGGAGCCAUUGCCAGUGGCUACUACAAUACCUAUAACCCAAAGCGAAGGUCCUCCUACACCCUGAACGGCACUCUGCCAUCGGGUUCCGCCAGCGGAAGCAGUGCCGCAGGGAGCAGCCACUUGGACGGUUACGCAACUCUAGGGAGACGGUCGAUUAGACCAUACGACCACCGGACCAUGUCGCUGCUGGAACCGCCAACUACGAGCAGUAGCAGCAGAAGGAGCGACGAGGACAGGUCCUACCAGAGGCGCGAGGCGCGCACUCCAGUCAGGGACUACACUUCAAGCAUUUCACGGUCCAGUUCCCGUUACCGCACUUCCUCGGCCACACGAAGUCCGACCAACAUUUGAUGUACCACUCCGCAGAACGGCUUUUGCAUCUUCUGCUAUUACACGAAACGGAAAAAGCACCACCAGCUGCAACUGAAAUCUGCCCCCAGCCAGAUCCAGCCCGGACAUCAGCACCACCAUGCCGAACAGCACAAGUUCUAGACUGGUCCGGGAUCACACCUCUUAGAUUUAGACGAUUUUGGAUACUUUUUGUAUGAAACCAGCCAAAGUUAGGUACUCUGCCCCUCUAGUUGUAGGUUUGUUGUAGCUCCGAUAUAGCGGAUAAGUAGCGUUUAUAGCGAUUAUAACGAUUGUAGCGUAGUGUCACCGAAGACGUAAAGCUCCUUAUAAAGAGGCCCCACCAAAGGCUACUCUGUGAGCACGCUAUGGCGCCACACAAGAAUGCGCCACAAAUGCAUACAUACGAUUUUCAAAUAAUUGUGCCUUGGUUCCUCUGGCGGUUAUAGAUGUAGCCAAAAUAUCCAUAAAACGUUGGUUUUUUAACUUUAAGUAUGUAAGAGGGUAAUGGAAGGAAGAAAGUAGGAAGGAGCAGGAGGCAGAAAAAGCUUCAGAGAAUACAGACAUGUGUUUCACAGAUUUAUGGUAUAUACGAGUAUAUGAAUAUGUAUUUUCUAGCUAUUUUUGUGCUCCUCAGGAGACCUCGCGCCGAAAAUGCGUUAAAAUUUCUAAUAAUAAUAAUUUUAACAAUUUUUUGCAUUAUACAAAGAACUGAAUGACGGAUUGUUUUCGAGUUUAGAGCUAGUAGGUAGAAGUUUCGUUUGCUAGGACUAUUGAUGUUAUUGCGAAAUAAUAGAAAAUAUGCGAAUUGUGAGCGGAAUGUUAGGAACGAGUUAUAGUAAUCGUAUCACAACAAUAAGCGAAUUUAAAAGGUACUAAAAUGGAACGGAAAAUGUAAAACACAACACGGAACUUAAGUAGUAUGUUAAAGUUUUUGGCUAGAUACACAGAUCGAGGUUCAAAUGUAACUAGAUGGGAAGAACGUGAAGCGUUUUCUGAAAAUAAAUACAAAUUGAAUCACAAUUUAUUCUGCUUCUGAUUUUGUUUCCCAUUAUUAGCUCUGUUUCUG